CACUAAGGCGCCCUCCACCCUAACCCGGGACACCUGACCCUUCCUCUGUCCAGUGGGUUCUGAGUGCUCUUGACAGUGGUUGGAGCCCUAUAGGGUCAGGCUCCUCCUCCUGCCACAAUCCCACCCAGCAGGCCCCAACUCUCCUACACCUCCCGGGCUUCGCACUCGAUCACAGAGCUCCCCCUACUUGUCCUCGCUCCGAUUCCUCCGCUCCUCCUUCCAACCGCUGCUCAGACGCCCUGGGUGCUCUGGAUGCGCUCCAUGAGGGCUCUGCAGAAUGCUCUGAGCAGGGCCGGCAGUCACUGCCGGCGGGGACGCUGGGGUCACCUGAGCCGGAGCCCCCUCCUUGGCGGGCGAGUCCGGCACCACCUCAGUGAGGCCGCGGCGCAGGGCAGGGAGAAGCCGCACAGCCACCAGCCGCAGCACCUGGAUCACGAUUCAUCAGGGAGUGGCAUGCUGUCCCGCUUGGGUGAUCUGCUCUUCUACACUAUUGCUGAGGGACAGGAACGAAUCCCUAUCCACAAGUUCACUACUGCACUGAAGGCUACUGGGCUGCAGACGUCAGAUCCCCGGCUCCGGGACUGCUUGAGCCAGAUGCGCCGCAUGGUUCGGGAGUCCAGCAGUGGUGGCCUCUUAGACCGGGAUCUCUUCCAAAAGUGUGUGAACAGCAACAUUGUACUCCUGACCCAGGCAUUCCGAAAGAAGUUUGUCAUUCCUGAUUUUGAGGAUUUCACUGGCCAUGUGGAUCGCAUCUUUGAGGAUACCAAGGAGCUCACUGGAGGCAAAGUGGCAUCCUACAUCCCUCAGCUGGCCAAGUCAAAUCCGGACCUGUGGGGCGUCUCCCUGUGCACUGUGGAUGGUCAGCGACACUCCGUGGGCCACACGAAGAUCCCCUUCUGCCUGCAGUCCUGUGUGAAGCCCCUCACCUAUGCCAUCUCUGUGAGCACCCUAGGCACCGACUAUGUGCACAAGUUUGUGGGCAAGGAGCCCAGCGGCCUGCGCUACAACAAGCUGUCCCUCAAUGAGGAAGGAAUCCCCCAUAACCCCAUGGUCAAUGCUGGUGCCAUUGUCGUGAGCUCCCUGAUCAAGAUGGAUUGUAACAAAGCAGAGAAGUUUGAUUUUGUGUUGCAGUAUCUGAAUAAGAUGGCUGGAAAUGAGUACAUGGGUUUCAGCAAUGCCACAUUCCAGUCAGAGAAGGAAACGGGGGAUCGGAAUUACGCCAUUGCCUAUUAUCUGAAGGAAAAGAAGUGCUUCCCUAAGGGGGUGGACAUGAUGGCUGCCCUCGAUCUCUACUUCCAGCUGUGUUCCGUGGAGGUGACCUGUGAAUCAGGCAGUGUCAUGGCUGCCACCCUGGCCAAUGGCGGGAUCUGCCCCAUCACAGGCGAGAGCGUGCUGAGUGCUGAAGCCGUGCGCAACACCCUCAGCCUCAUGCAUUCCUGCGGCAUGUAUGACUUCUCUGGCCAGUUUGCCUUCCAUAAGUUGGUGUCUCUCUUCAAUUUCCACAACUAUGACAACCUGAGGCAUUGUGCUCGGAAGCUAGACCCACGGCGUGAAGGGGGAGAAGUCAGGAACAAGACCGUGGUGAACCUGUUAUUUGCUGCCUAUACUGGAGACGUCUCAGCUCUUCGAAGGUUUGCCCUGUCAGCCAUGGACAUGGAACAGAAAGACUAUGACUCCCGCACAGCCCUGCAUGUUGCUGCAGCUGAAGGACACAUUGAAGUUGUUAAAUUCCUGAUCGAGGCUUGCAAAGUGAAUCCUUUUGUCAAGGACAGGUGGGGCAACAUUCCCCUGGAUGAUGCUGUGCAGUUCAAUCACCUGGAGGUGGUGAAACUGCUUCAAGAUUACCAGGACUCCUACACACCAUCUGAGACUCAGGCUGAAACAGCAGCUGAGGCUCUGUCUAAAGAGAACUUAGAGAGCAUGGUGUGAGCAUGGUACACGCACAGUCCCUGCUCAAGAAAAAGCACGAACUGGCCACACAUUUAACCCCUAACCACCAAACAAACACAUGCUAUGGAGAGCCGCACUGCUUCAGUGGGGACCAAGGCAGACCAGUGCUUUCUGUGAGAGUCAAAAUAGCCCAUUCCCUUUGCAGACAAAGUACAGAGAAGUGCCUUGGUGGAUACCUGCAUUAGAGCUUUCCAUGGAGACUGUGGGCUUCUUCAAGGUAUAGCCUAAUGGCCUCGCCCACUGAAAACCUUCCUAGGUCUUCACCCAGGUCCCCUCUCCCUCUCCCUGAAGAAACCAUACGUGAGAGACAGACACUGGGGAAAAGGCUCUAGCUGCCAUGCACAUGUAUAUAUCCACAGAGCUAUGCACCUGGCUUUAGUUGUCUGGAGAAAUCUGCCCCCCUUGGCCAGCAAACAAAAGUUUUAUAGACAGAGAAAGUAUUUUAUGCUCAAAUAAACUUUAAUUACACAAA